UCUCAUGCGGUUGAUGCUGAUGUUUAAUUUUUUGUGUUUAAAAAUACUAGGUUCCUAUUUUUUUUAUUUUUUUUUAUUUUUCUCUCUUCUUUUUUUCUUUUUUAUCUUCAAAAAAAAUAAAUAUUUUAGAAUGCUAAAAGACAACUCAUCGAGUAACUCUGGUGGAUGCACCUAUAGAUUCAUCGAAAGCUCUCUUGCUGCACUCUCCCCUGAAAUUGACUAUGAUGUCGAGAUUAGACAAGAACCAAAAAGAGCAAAAAUUAGCUUAAUCAACGAAAGAGACCGACGACCUAUUGAACCCCCACCCAUUUUGCAACUUCAUUGGAAGAAUUGCACCGAAGAAGAAUUAAAAAAAUGCCUUCAAAGCCCCUUUUACUUUACAGUAGCCAAUCUUGUUACUGAAAAAGAUCCUGAAACUCCUUUAUUACCAGCACAAAACUAUUUGUCGGGCACGACCGUAUCCUCUCUCUACAGACUCCGAGAUGUCGAUAAUUCGGAUGGAGGCUUCUUUGUCUUCGGUGAUCUUGCUGUUAAAAAAGAAGGAAAAUUCAAAUUAAGAUUUUCCUUAUUCGAAAUCGUCGAAGGGCAAGUACAAAACCGUAGAACCAUCUUAUCAGACACCUUCACCGUCUUCUUACCCAAACAUUUCCCCGGUCCCGUAGAACCUACAUUCCUAUCAAGGACAUUUUCCGAUCAAGGUGUCAAAAUGAGAAUACGCAAAGAACACAGACUUCAAACUCGGAAAAGGAAAGCGGGAUCAGCUGAUACCCAGAUAAAGAGAUGUCAAUCAAAAAGAGCUUGUAACGUCUUUGUCAACUCUCCUUCUUAUGCUGAACCCUCCAACACUCAAAAAGACGUAUUCUUUGGUCGUUGGCAAUCAAGCUCAACUCAUACUACUCCCCCACCUAUAAAUGAAGAAUUUGAUUAUAAAGACUUGACAAACAAAUUUCGAUACCAACAACCAGAUCCUGUACAACAGGCAUUUCCUAGUCCAGAGAGUACAAUACACACUCGUAUCAAAAGUUGGUCUAGCAACCAUUCGUCACCAUGGACACCCAUCAUGAACAACAUAGCAGAGUCACCGCCUCCUGUGACAAUGCAUUUACCACCACCCACAGUUUCCUUAGUGAAAUACCACACAUGCCCUGACAGCAGCAAUCACACAUAUGAUCGACUACCAACACCGCCCAUUUCUAUGGCAGAUCUACAUCAAAAAGCCACCGGGCAUCAUACCUGGGGUGCUCGACUACCCCCUUUAAGAGCCAUUAUGGAUCAUGUGCCUCAAUCAUCGCUACUACCUCUUUUGCUUCCUCCACCUUCACUCAUGAUAGAUCAACAACGCCCUCGUUAUCUAUAAUAUAUGUAAAUAGUCUCCCCUCUUAUUCUUUCCUUAUUUCAUGUUUCCUUUGUACAGCUAUUUUUUCCUUCGUCGUUCUUUUUCAUUCCUUUAUCCUCCUAUAUAUGCCCUAACCUCUUUUAUCCAUACUCAUAUAAAAAAAUGCAUUAUUCUUAUGACUCUUUUUUUUUUUUUUUCUGUAUUACGAUAUACCACCAAUAAAUUGUGUCUUGAUCAUUGACAGUUAUGAUAUACAAA